GUAGUCCUAAGCAGUUUAUAAUUGAAGCAUCAAAUAAUAUAUCACAAUAUUUAAUGUAGUAAUAAAUGUCUGUUCAUCUACAUUGCAUUUUUUCAAAGAUAAAUAUAUUUUUUAAAGUUGUACUCAAUUUGUCGAAUCUAGAAUAGUUGUCUACAUCAAAAAGUCACUAUAAGAGCUGUUUACAGAUCGGAGACAGUAUGGAAUCACUCAGAAGACCAAAACAAUGUGAACAUUUCUGGUACUAUUUCUUCAUCAACGGACUUUUACUCAUCGUACCAGUAACGAUCGUGUGCUUACUGAUAUCGCACGGCAACUGGUUACGAACCGUGUCCCCGGACCCGAGUCUCCGAAAAGGCGAACCGACGGUGGUCGAUCCGUACGCGGAGGUGCUAUACUUCGAGCCCGCGAGCGGUCCGUUCGCGGGUAGAACGAAUAUGACGAUCGUUCUGAGCUACCAUCCGAUGAUGCGGCUGGCGCAUGCGACCGUGACCGUGGCCGGACGCGGAUGCUCGCAACAAGCGGUGUCCAAGCGCAGAGGCCUCGUCAGUGGUGUGACGACGAUAACGUGCACCGUGGCGCCGUGGACGCGUGGCGACGGGGACGAUCAACCGGUGGGCCCGGUCCGGGUCACGUUCGACACUCCGGUCGGGACGAAGCUCACGGUCACGUCGUCGGCGAAAACGUUCCAGUUCGUCGAAGACGCCGCCGCCGCGACGGACCGCAACCGCACCGCCGCGGAGCACGUGCCCACGUUGCGCUACGGCUCGACGCAACGGUUCCAGGGCAUCGCGUCCGGCGGCAACGCGAUUCCGGUGCGCGGCCAACACCUGUCGCGCUUGACGAACGUCACGGUGCACGUGAACCAAAGCGACGGGACCCCGCGACGCGCCGGUUGCGUGGUGCUGGACGACGCGCACAUGGUCUGCCGAUCGCCCGCGGUCCACGGCCCCGGGCCCACGUUGAGCUUCGAUGUCCUGGCCGUGGACUCCGAGACCGGAUGCGCUCUAAACUUGUCACCGACGCCCGACGCUCGCAUCUACUUCCUGUACCCGGACCCGGUGCUCGUGGACUUCGAGACGUUCGGCGACCGUCCCGCGGUGGCCAUCAACGGUCGCGACCUGUACCGCGGCUACGGGAUCGACGACGUCCACGUGCGGUUCCGGGACCACGGGGGCCACUGCAACGUGACGUCCUUGGCUACCGACCGGAUCGUGUGCCGUUCCACGUGGCUCGGUGGUCUGGCCGGGCUGCGCGACAUCGUGGUGUCCGUGGGCGUGACGUUCGAGCGCGACGUGACCAGGAGGAGUGUGCCACCGCCGCGUUCCUUGUUCAACCUCGAGGUCGUCAUCGUCGCCGUUACCGGGUCGUUUGUGUUCUUGUGCACCGUGUCCCUCCUGAUCAUCGCUUGUCGUUCCAGGACCAACGAACAAUUCGAGUACAGCCGCAUGGACCGCUCCGCGACAAGCGCACCCUGAGUCUUUUUUUUGGAUAAUUGUGAUUUCAUACGUUAUAGCAUUGUAUUUCACGUACGUAUGUUGUUAAAAAUGUGUCACUGAUAAUACAUACGUAAUUGAACGUUUGAUACUUACAUACUCAAAUUAAAAAGUUUUGAAAUCAUUGGAGUAAAAUUAGUAAUUUUAUUAUACAAAUAACAGAUAAGAGU